AUGAAGGAGCCGGAUUCGGGUUCAGUGAGCGAAAAUGAUGACUUUCCAAUACUGGACAAUGUCUCACGACUCACGAGAACAGUAAGUAGUGUUAAUCCUGUACACUGGAACGAAGCGGAUUUAUUAGAAACUGAUCUCAUGGGUGACUCUCCUUUUCAUUAUGGCAUUGGAAUACGUCCACAAAUCAAGAGAGAUGCUGAGAGCUAUUCUGGAGAGAGCCGUAGCAGUAGUUCAACGAGUGCUGGAAGUGGAGUCAUAGCUGAAGAAGAUUUAAUUGAUUGGGCUGUUUAUCAAAAGUUAUUGGGACAAUCUGAAAGACAAUGUAAUGCAACAAGUCGUUGGAGUACUUUAAUUUUACCGAAUAGCUUACUGAUCUCUACGAUUGAAAAACUCACAGAAAUGAUUGAGAAAGGCUUGGAUGUGUCCAAUGACAAUGGGUUGCAGCAGAUGCAAGGUUUGCUGCAACAAGUUAUUUGCCCUGUCUUGCGUAGUAUAUUCAAUGAUGACCCUGGAAUGAGUCUUGAUCAGUUUGUAAGGGAGAAAGUAAUGACUUGCGCAUUUCGCUACAUUACGAUGUUUGUGACGAAAAUGAAAUAUUAUUCUGCCCCUGAUGAGAUACUACCAGAGUUUUUUAAAAUAAUGGCGUUCAUGUUCAACAUCAACUCAAGAUUCUAUCAACGAAUAUCAACUCAUACUAUCAAUGCUAUUAUACGCAUCGUACCUUCUGAUCUCGAUCUUUCGAAAGUCAAUCUCUUCAUUACUGACGCUGAGACUCAUCAUUGGUUUCAAGCUUUACUUUUAUGGUUUUGUCAAAGCAGUGGUUUUGAAGCCUUCUGUAAAUUUCUACAAACUGCUAUCACUCCAGACUCCACUAUUCCCACAUUAGCUAUGUAUUUCUCAUGGCUAGCGAACAUCAUUCCUAUCCUUCAUCCAUCUAUUAUUAAAAAACAUAUUGAGCCUUUUGUGAUAAGUUCCUAUCGACGUUUGAUGGCCGUUGAUGAAAAAGAUUACGAAUGCGAGAAAGUCAAAGGAGAUGUUCGGGAAGCCCCUCUGAUGCAAGUGCUCUUGUUCUGCAAAAUCAGCGUAUAUCAUUUUCUUAAUAUAUUCGGACGUAGCAUGCUGAUAGAACUAGAUCUUUUGAAAUUGCGUUUCCUUAAAUGUGUGAUUGCUGAAUCUCCAUUCAACACACGAAUGAGUGCUUUGGAGGAACUUUAUCGCUUUCUCAGGAUUGGGUCCAACGAUCUAUUAGGAUGUACCGUAGAAGCACAAGCUAAAAUAGAAGAAAUUGGUUUGAUAGAAUCUAUGUAUAAAGAUAAUCUUCAUCACGUGGCGUACAUUGAUAGGGUAGAAAAAGUUAUGGCUGAUUUGUUCGAUAGGCAUUUACUCAAAGAAAAUGUAUUGAAUAUCAUCUGGAACUCUCAGAAGGGGAAGCACGAAGUCAUUCAACGUAACGUUCAAAUUUUAACGGCUAGAUUAGCUUCUCACUUCGACUCUUCCAUUGCAGAAGGGUUUUUUUCCAUGCUUCAAAUCUCAUGGAUAACAGGGGAAACUAAAGAUAGGCUGAACAUAAUAGAACUAUUGCGAAGAGUCGGAUUUGAUCAAUCAAAUAGUUGUAUGGUUUCUCGAGUGGCCAAUUUUUUGUGGAAGCAAACUAGGUCAGAGGAAGCCAUUGAAAAUUUAGAGUUUCAAGCUAGAAUGUUGGAUGUACUUUAUGACGUUUUGGAAGAAGUUUUCGUUGAUGGCUUUGGAAAAUCAACCCUUAUACCGGAAUAUAUUUUGCGUUGUGCCAACGAUAUUUGUUGUCCGAAAACACCUGAAGCUAUACUCGCUAGUUCUGUUGCUCUCUCAAAAAGAAUAAUAUCAUGUUAUACCAAUGAAAUGAAAACAAUCAAGAAUAAUCCUAUCGCCGUAAAUCAGAGGUUAGAUUUAUUUCGACGGAUUGAAGACAAUAUUCGGUUCAAGUUUGGUAAAUCAUACGCAGAUGCUAUGGCUUGCAAUAUUAUAACGGCUGUUAAUAAUCUACCUCAAGUAGUUGAUUCGUCAAAUUCGGUUCUCUCUUUGGGAAGCAAGUCUGAGGAUUGGGACAGUGAAUAUUCAAUAUCACGCGCAUUGGUCGUUCAAUUUGAGUUUUUGAAGUUCUACUACUCGGAUCUGAUAGCUUCUUUCGAACACUUGUUGGUUCCUGUAGCUGAUCCAGAAUGGGUUAUUCGCUUGUGGAAAGCAGUUGUGAAUUCAACCUUUCCUGGUGUACAAGACAUUGGGUUCCGUUUGUUCACUGACUUGGUAUGUACAUCUACUAAAUGUCUUUUUCCACAUGCCGAGCGCCUGAAAAUAUUUUUCGAAAAAAAUGUUCUUACUCUUGAUCCUAAAAUGCUUUCCGUUGCCGGGUUUCAUUGCUUUGAAGCUUUUUUGAAAAAAACGAACAUCGCUCUGGCGAAUAUGGUUUUUCGAGAUGAUCAUGAGGAAAUGGAAAGAAAUUGCUUCUUGACAAGAACAAGCAUAAUGGGUGAGGAGUAUAUAUGGCAAUUGAUUACUUGCGGGAACGAAAAUGUUCAUCCUCUCGCUUCCAACUUAUUUGUAUGUCUGUUCUCAUCCCCUGCUCCAGAACAACGAGUACCUGAGUAUGGCGAAGCUGUCAUACACAAAUGUAUGGAUGUUCUCAAUAAAAGAUGGGAAAAAGAAGCAGAAACUCUGGCUGAAAAGGCUGAGAGGGGAGUGAAAGUUAGAAGAAUUUUACAAACAAUAACGGAAUUAGUUGAUACGAAUGAGAAAGAUCACAGAUUACCGAAACGUACUAGGCCUGUGUUGAGAAGAUCAACUAUGGGGAAAGGUUUUUUUUUGAAAGUUCAGUUCAGAGUUGAUGAUAUGCAGUUGCUCUUCCCUAAAUCUCCUAUACCAUUACAUGUUGCUUCACCAAAAACUUUUAAUGUUCAUGAUAAUAUGCUUCUAGUGGAGUUGGUUGAAAAAAUAUGUCAAUCUAUUUGUGACCAAGGUGGAGUUAUUAGCCCUUAUUCACUAUCAAUUGUGUCUAAAUUAGGUGGUGAUUUUGAACCGUUCAGAGUAAGUGAGUGGGGUCAGACUCUCAGAGAGUUGGGAUUUGAUUCAAGAACAACAAUCUUUGCUAAACCAGAAAAGAAUAGGUUAGGAUACGAUGGCACGGAUGAUGCUGGGUUUUUAAUGAAGUCUGGGCGAAGAGAAUGUGAAUUAGAAGAAUCUCUUCUUUUCUCCGUUUUACUCGCUUCACAUAGCGAUUACUUAGUUCGGCUAGUCGAACUGGCACAAGUUCGGGAAGUUACUGAGCAAGCUUUCGCAUUAUUAAGUAAUGUACCUAGUUUGAAACAAGCUCCAUCGAUCGACGAAUAUGGUUCACUAGAGAAUACGGUAGAGCCUUUUCGACGUUACCUCGAAGACAUAGCGAGAGAGUCGAGCCCGGCGAAACAAGUAUAUUCGUUGAUGGUUUUAUGUGAAUAUGUUGCUCCUUGGAAUUUAUCCUCCACUAACUGUUACAACAAUCAGACUUUAUUUUUUUUCGCUGGUGGCAUCAAAGUUUUCCGAAACAUAAUGGUAAAAAAUGCUUUUGUUGAUGAAACUUCCCAGCUGCGAGGACUAGGCUUUUAUUACGCUCUGAAAGUUCUAGUGUUUUCUCUACAGUUCGCUUUAAACGUUUUAUCGUAUAAGUCUGAAAAAAGAGUGUACCGUUUUAUGACUGAUCAUCUCCCACGAGUAACAGAAUGCUAUAUGAAAGAAGCGGUAUAUCGGAUGACUAAUGCUAUCUAUGAUAAGCAUAACUUUUCUUUGGUUAACAAAGUCAUUACCGAUUGCAAAGCUACCGUGCGAGAUAUUUGCGAUCUUCUUGAGUCGUCUUUAUCACUAUUGAAAGAACAUGCAGCUAAUGGAAUAUAUCAAGAAACAAAUCUUGAAGAUCUUGAGUGUCCUCACGAGUACGAUAAUGGCGACUUGAUCAUCGUCGCCGCUACUCAAGUUAUUGGAUAUUAUUGUGUUCUCAAUUGGGAUAUCUGCCCGAAUGUUCUGAUCUGCACUGAUUUUUAUGAGUACCUGAAUUCUGUUAUGUUCGGCGAUAAGAGUUAUGUCAAUCGAAUGGUUUCUUGUUGGUCAGUAGACAUCAUUUCGCAAAUAAUCAUUCAUGUGGGUUUCGAAGUCAAUGGACAUCAAGUUUAUUUACAUGUGGUUGAACAACUAUUCAAUAUUAUCGAUAUGGCAAAUACUAAAUGUUUUUGGGAACUAUUAUACAAGAUAAUAGACCAUUCUGAUAAACGUACACGUCUACCAAACCUUUACUCACGUGUUCUACAUUGCUUAACAUGGCUGGAGGAAGCACAGAAAACUUCCCAGGAACAACAGUGCUCUUUUCCGGAUGAUAUAACAUUGACCGGGCGUUUGAGGGUGCUGUCACUCUUGUUGGAGCAACUAACGAUUGAUGAAAAAGCUGACAUAGGCGGACCAGAUGGAACUUUUCGGUUUAUUGAGUUGCUGGUUAAUCAUUUUCUUCUCCCCAGUAGUAGGGCAUAUGUACAACAGAUCGAUUUUCCUCGAUCUCAAACCGCUCUUGAAAUUCAUACGGCUUCCUCUUCAAGCAUGUUCGAUCUCCAUGCUUUUAAUAUAAUACCGAGAUCGAGUAGUGCCUGUCCAAUCCCUCAUAGAUGUGUUGCUGUUUGUGGUUCAGAAGAAUCUCAGCGAGCGGGUUUCGCCGCCCUCAUUGCUAUUGCUGUUGGAUCAGAGAUUAAUAUUCGUUUGAUAAGAAAUCUUUUUAUGGAGAUGUUCUACAGAGACAGGAGCCUUGAAAGAAUCAUUUGGGACUAUCAGCCAGACUUUUCAUUGAGAGUUGCUGGUAACUAUGUUGGGUUGAAAAACGGAGGAGCAACUUGUUACAUGAACUCGAUCCUACAACAGGUGUGGCCAUGGAAGUGA